AUGUCAGCCAAGUCUACUUCCUUCUACAACUGUCGAGUAUGCAAGAACGGAAAGCUGGUCGACGAGAACAUCUCCUUUUCCAACGAGACCGGACUAUUUCAGGACAGCAAUGGCUAUAUCAGCACUGAUGCCAUUGAUCUCCAAGGAAAGAUCAUCGCUCCAGGCUUCAUCGAACUGCAGACCAAUGGCAUGAGAGGUUUCCACUUCACCCACUUCGACGACGAGGAAAGCUACGCGAAAAAGUUGGACGAAGUCGCUCGAUACCUCCCCAGCCAAGGAGUGACGAGUUUCUACGUGACAAUCCCAACCGUCGCCAGCUCAGACUUCCAAAAGAUCCUCCCCUCCCUCAAACCCCGCCAAAUCCCAUCAGGAGCCUCACUCCUAGGCGCGCACGCCGAAGGCCCCUACCUGCACCCCUCCAAAAAGGGCGCCCACAACGCCUCCCUCUUCCACCUCCCCACCACCUCCCCCACGGAAAUCUACGGCCCAACAGCCCACGACUCCUCCACCCUCAAACUCAUCACUCUCGCCCCAGAACUCCCCGACUCCGGCCCCCUAAUCACCCACCUCACCGCCCAAAACAUCAAAGUCUCCCUCGGCCACUCCUCCGCAACCUACACCACCGGCCUCGCCGCCCUCGCCGCGGGCGCCACCUGCCUAACACACACCCUGAACGCCAUGGCGCCCCUCCACCACCGGGACCCAGGCCUCGCAGGCCUCAUAACCACCCUAGAGCAACCCCCCCCCCCCUCCCCCUACUUCAGCAUCAUCCCCGACGGCCACCACCUCCACCCCAGCAUCACCACCCUCCUCUUCCGCGCCAACCCCACAAAAUGCAUCCUCAUAACCGACAGCAUCGAGCUCGCCGGCCUCCCGGACGGAACCUACCCAGGCCACGCACAGAUCCCGCACAAGCAGACGAAAAUCGGGUCGAGGUGUGUAAGGAACCUUGUGGGUUGGAGUGGGUGUGGGGUGGCGGAGGCGGUGCGGUGCGUGACGGAGAAUGUGGUGGGGUUUAUGGGGGAUGAGGGGAGGGGGGCGCUGGAGGUGGGGCGGAGGGCGGAUUUUGUGGUUUUGGAUCAUGGGGGGGAUUUGUUGGAGACGUGGGUUGGGGGAGUGAAAGUUUGGGGGAGGGAGAGAGUAGAGUAG